AUGUGGGCUCCAAUGUAUUAGCCAUUCUCUUUUUCAACACACUUAAAUCAAUUUUAUUUAUUUAUUUCUCUGUCACCUACUCCGUUUUUUCUUCAAAUCCACUCUCCAAUUUUUCAGAGAGUACCGGGUUGUCGUCAACUGCGUAAUGUUUCAAUUCACGUAGGACUCAUCAACACGCAACUCUGUUUCUGAUUCCAGCUUUUUUCUUUUUGUUUUAGCCCAAACUUUACUCAUUUCCUUCUCACAACAUUUUUCCUUUUACCAUAUGAUAUCAUUCUAUUUGAGCUGCAGAGGUUGGUUCUUUGUUGUUUAGAGUUCUUCUUGGCAACAUAUAUAUAUAUAUAUAUAUAUACAGAUAUAUUGGCUCUCUUUUUGUGAAAACUGGUGUUGGAAAUGAAGUUAACUUCAACCAUGAUAUGUGCUCCGUUAACGGCUCAAUCCGUUGAGCAAAUGGUGAGCGAUAUGCGAAAGGCUAAGGCACAAGGCGCAGAUUUAGUUGAGAUCAGGUUGGACUGCAUUGAGAACUUCCUGCCUCACAAAGACCUUGAAAUCAUCUUGAGGAAUAAGCCAUUGCCUGUGCUUAUCGUUUUUAGGCCAAAAAGGGAUGGUGGUUUAUAUGAAAGUGACGAGCACACGAGGUUUGAAACACUUAAUUUAGCUAAAGAGUUGGGCGCUGAUUAUGUCGAUUUUGAGCUCAAGUUGGCUUCUGUUCUUCCGGGGGAACAGAAAAUGAAUCAUCAUUGUGGCAGCAAAAUUAUUGUAUCAUACCAUGUGAAUGGUGAGAACCUUCCAAAAGAAGAUCUUGGCAAUAUUGUUGCACGCAUUCAAGCUACUGGCCCAGAUAUCAUCAGACUUGUCAUUGAUGCAGCUGAUAUUACUGAAAUAGCAAGAGUUUUUCAUCUGUUAUCCUGUUCCCAGGUACCUUUGAUUGCAUACUGUGUGGGGGAAAGAGGUCUUAUAAGCCAGAUAUUAUCCCCAAAAUUUGGUGGAUUUAUAGUAUAUGGAUCAAUGGAUGGAAACUCUCUACCAGGGCUCCCUACUUUAGACAGCCUUAGAAAAGCCUAUAAAGUUGACUGCAUAAAUGGGGAUACUAUAGUUUUUGGGCUUAUCUCAAAACCAGUUAGCCACAGCAAAGGACCAAUAUUGCAUAAUCCUGCCUUGAGACAUGUGAAGUUCAAUGGAAUUUAUGUUCCGAUGUUUGUCGAUGAUCUCAAGAAGUUCUUCAACGUCUAUUCCAGCCAAGACUUUGCUGGAUUUAGUGUGGGAAUUCCAUACAAGGAAGCUGUGGUUGAUUUUUGUGAUGAAGUUCAUCCGCUUGCUCAGUUUAAUGAACUUAACAUGAUGCAUCAGUCUAUAGGUGCUGUUAACACGAUUAUAAGGAGGCCCAGUGAUGGCAAGCUGAUUGGUUAUAACACAGAUUGUGAGGCUUCAAUAACUGCAAUUGAGGAUGCGCUGAUAGAAGAGGGAUGCACCAAUGGAGAAGCAUCAUUCAAUUCACCGCUUCAUGGUAAAUUAUUUGUGCUAGCUGGUGCUGGAGGUGCAGGAAGAGCCUUAGCAUUUGGUGCCAAAAGUAGAGGAGCUCGCAUAGUCGUUUUUGACAUUGAUUUUGAUAGAGCAAAAUGUCUAGCUUGUGCUCUAAAGGGCGAGGCACGGCCAUUUGAAGAAUUAGUCAACUUCCAGCCAGAGAAAGGGGCGAUUCUUGCCAAUGCAACGCCUCUGGGAAUGCAUCCAAAUACUGAUCGGAUUCCUGUAUCUGAGGCAACCUUGGGCGAUUAUCAGAUUGUGUUUGACUCUGUUUACACACCUAGGAAAACCAGAUUAUUAAAGGAAGCUGAAGCAGCAGGUGCCAUCACUGUCAGUGGAGUUGAAAUGUUUCUCCGACAGGCAAUUGGACAGUUCAAUCUCUUUACUGGUGGACAAGCACCUGAAGAAUUCAUGCGACAGAUUGUUUUUGACAAGUUCUGACGUAAACUAUAGUAUUUUGUGUACAAUAAUAAUGCUCUCAUAUAUAUAUUUUUUCUUGUCUAAAGCGCACACAUACGCACACACACACACACGUAUUUCCGUGCUUUAAUCUUCUUUCAUUUGCUUUCAAAUUAAGCACUAGAUCGCUUACGGUUUUACUGUAUGGAAGCCUCUCCUAUCGUAAUGUUGAAAAGCUUCCAAUCAAACUGCAAAAGCAAAGAUCGACGGACACCAAAUUCGACAAAUAAUGAAAAUAUACUCAUUAUUGAUUCAA